UUUAAAAUAUUGUCCUUCUCAGUAAUGGCGGCUUCGUUCCCUUCUCCUUCUGCAACAAACAAUAACAAAUGGUACUUCACACGAGAACAGAUCGAGAAUAGCCCGUCUCGUCGUGCAGGGCUUGAUCCAGAUAAGGAAUUGUCCUACAGACAACAAGCCGCGAACCUUCUACAGGACAUGGGACAGCGACUCAAUGUAUCUCAGCUCACAAUUAAUACUGCCAUUGUGUAUAUGCACCGGUUCUACAUGAUUCAGUCCUUCACCCGGUUCCACCGAAAUGUCAUAGCUCCGGCGACACUAUUCCUGGCUGCAAAGGUUGAGGAGCAGCCCCGCAAGUUGGAGCACGUUAUCAAGGUGACCCAUGCAUGCCUCAACCCUCAGGACCCAUCACCAGACGUCCGCAGUGAUGCUUACCUGCAACAAGCCCAAGACCUGGUCAUUCUUGAGAGCAUUAUACUCCAGACCCUGGCCUUUGAAAUCACCAUUGACCACCCACACACUCAUGUUGUCAAGUGCACCCAGCUUGUCAGAGUUGUCCCAGCGAGUAAGGAUUUGGCCCAGACGUCGUACUUCAUGGCUACCAACAGUCUACACUUGACCACGUUCUGCCUGCAGUACAGCCCGCCCAUCGUGGCCUGCGUCUGCAUCCACCUGGCAUGCAAGUGGUCCAACUGGGAGAUCCCUGUCUCCACGGACAGCAAGCACUGGUGGGAGUAUGUGGACAACACUGUCACCCGUGAGCUGCUGGAUGAACUCACGCACGAGUUCCUGCAGAUCUUGGAGAAGACCCCAAGCCGGUUAAAACGCAUUCGCAACUGGAAAGCGGCAGGUCAGACGGUGAAGGGUGGGAAGUCCAGGGUGCCGGAGGACGGCGACCAGGCCGACGCCAUGAUGAGCAUGAUCUCCAUGUCAGCCUCCGAGACCACGCUGGCCGGCUUGAUGAGCCUCUCCAACCCACCGUCUUCGUCCUCCUCAUCGUCCUCGAUGGCUCCCAUUCUGCUGGAGCUCAAGUCGUCCCUUGGCAGUGGCUCCGACCAGCCCAACCACGCUGAGCUGCACGCCCCGGCCAAGGUGUCGCUGAGCGAGUACCGCGCCAAGCAUGCCGACGUUCUGGCCGCUCAGAAGAGGAAGUUGGAGAACAUGGGAGCCAGUGUGAAGAGGGAGUAUGCCACGGCUGCGCAGGCUCUCAUUGGCCAACAGCAGAGGAAGGAGAAGCACCACCGUGACCAGCAGCAGCCCGGCGCUCACCAUUCCAGCUCGUCGUCCUCGGACCUCAGCAGCCCCUCGCCCAUCAUCCUCAAGAUCCCCCUGGAGAAGGAGAGGGCGGAGCGCAGCUCCCUGAAGAUGCGCCUCCCUCUGGGCACCGGGUCUGGUGGGCACGGUGGAGCAGGUAGCAGGGGGUCGGCAGGGGGUGAACAGGACAUCAAAGUGCGGAUCCGGGUGCCUGAGAAAGUACGUAGCGGCGGUUCGGGAGAAGAGGGGGGGAAGAGUCGGGAGGGCAAGCACAGAGAGCACUCAAACCACCACCACCACCAUCAUCACCACCACCACCACUCGUCAUCGUCGCUGAGCGCUGCUUCGGCGUCGUCGUCCCAUAAACACUCGGCCAGUGCUGCGGGUUCUGUAGGAGGAAGCUCCGGUAAAAAGGCCCCCGGCGACUCGUCCAGAAUGAGCUCCUCGUCUUCCUCUGGGUCUCGAAAGAGGACACAUUCCACGGAGUCUCACCCCUGUAAAGUCUCCAAGUCCUCCAGGAACUCCGCCCACCAUCUGCCCGCCCUGUUAGCCCCCGGGGCGCACUCCCUGGGGGCGCACCCCGCCGACAUCCUCCCGUCCCUGGGUCUCCCCUCCCUUCACCAGGGGAACUAUUCUCACUCCAAGGGGGACAAGGCCGAUACCAACGGUCACAGUGGGGCCGGGGGCGGCCAGUCAAAUGAGUACCAGGACACAUUUGAGAUGCUGAACUCGUUGCUGAGUGCUCAGGGCGUCCAGCCUGCCCAGCCCCCCAUGUUUGACUACCGGCCUCAGUACGGGGAGUACAGGUACAACACAGGGUCGAGGGGAGGGUCGAGGCCGCCACCUCUGCCGGCCGAACCGCCACCUCCACUACCCCCUCUACCCAAAUGAUCCCUGCCCAUGAGUCGCUGACAUUAUCUGUAGAUGCCGCCACGUCUAACCAUGUUACAUUGGACGUUUGCUCUGUAAUUUUAAAAGAAAAUGUAUUUGGUCCCUUUGUGUUUAUAUGAAUUGAGUUGUGUGGUGUCAACUUGACGGCAAAGAAAUGUACUUCUAACAAAUACUUUUCAGUGAUGUACGAGAGUCUGUCUGACUUGUUACAUCAUACUCAAUCGAUCUAUGGGGCAAAAACCGGUGUGGAAAAGAGAAACUUGCAAACAAUUAUGAAACAAACAAAAGGAAUUUAUUUAUGAAAAAUGUAAAUACUAUUUUUGCUGUUCAGUUUUGUAUCAUAUUAACUCAAACUAAAUGGAAUGACGGGACCUGAUAUUUUAUCCAUGCCGCUUUUAAAAGAAAGCAAACUUUUGAAUGCUAGCAGAGGAAACAAACAUGUUUGGUUCAAUUAUUGAGUUGUACGCUCUUGCUAACAAUUUGACUGGUCUUUUUCAGAUUUUUAAAAAAAAGAUAUAUAAUAUUUAUUAUUAGUAUGGAACGCUUUUGAGGAAAUGUUCUUGCUUUGUUUUUUUUUUUACUACCAACUGCUUCCACAGCCCUUUCUGCUCUGUCCUGUUGAACUGAAAGAUAGUUGAGUUUGCCUUCCCCAGGCCUGUUUGAGAAUGCAUGUCCAAAGCCAUCACUUCAAAUUUUUUGUUUCAAAAUAAGGUAGUCACAAUUUUUGUUUUUCUUUGCAUUAUUUGGUAAAAAGCUAUGUUAAUGAUGUAAAAUGACUAAAGUGGACAAAAUAUUUUUACAUUAUAAAGUUGCAAAAAAUCCUGUAAAUUAAGACAGCUUGUAUUUUAGUUCCUAGAUUUUAAUGUGUUGCAGUCAUUGUUUUAAAUGGUUGUAAAAUAUUUGUCAUAAUACUCAAAUAAUUACACUAACGUUCAAAGGUUAUACUACAGUACAUAUUCACAUACAAACCCCAGCAGUAUCAAUUGUUUUGAUAAUGGACUGUAUCUUAAGUGUUUUGAAUACAAUUGAUAAGUGUUUCUUCCACUACUGUUUAGUCUAGCUUAUGUCUUCACUCCUACAUUUGAACUUGAUAAUCUUUUUAAUAUGAUUUUGAUCAAUUUUACUGGCUUCACACCAUGGAAUUGCUUAAGGCGAUCAUUUGGUCAUCUAAGUGGCUAGCGUACGGUCUCUGGUGUCCCUGUUGAUGGUGUCCCCAUUUCAUUUCAGUGUGGAUCUGUUCAAUUAAGAUAAAAUGUAUUUCCACCCUCAUUUUCUAGAAAAUAUUUUUCAUGUUUAUUGGUCAUAAACUGGUAUUGUAUUAUUUAAUCAUGAUUUUUAUAAUAUGAUAUUGAAAAAGAAAUGGGCUACAGCUACCACACAGCUCUGAAAUGUUUUAUUUUAAAACUGUUUUUAAUCACAUUUCUUGGUCUAAUAAGCUGCCAGUGGAUACAUUUUUUGGAUAUUGUUACGCAGCUGUAGCCUAGUUUGAUAAUGUGGUAUUUCGUCUGUUGGUUUUGUAUAUAAAGGAAAGAGUAGUCAUUAUUUUGGGGGCUGUUUCAAAGUACAUUGACCCAUGAACAGAAACUGGUAUAAGUUUCUGACAUUUCCCAGGCUACAUAAAUGUCAUAAAUCUGCCCAGUUUCUACAGUACUUGAGCCCAACCAUUAAUUUUUGUCACUCAGGUAAGCCUUUAUUAUAAUAUGAAGAGAAACACAUAGGUAGGCUUUAAAAUGCACUGACUUUUUACCCCCGAAAGAUUGUCUUCAAAUUUUGCUUUUUUUAUUGUUAAAACUGAGGAACUUGUCAUUUGUAUUAGCGCAGCAUCUAUGUGUUGUAUUAAACGAUGAGACAUCCAUACAUUUUAAAUUAAGCUACGAAUGGAUGGGCCGCGAUUGGAGCAUGGAUGACUGUAGGCGAUCCGUCUAGUGUGAAUGCUUGUUGAUUAUGAAUGACCACAAAAUAUGGCUCAUAUAACAAAAAUAGUAGACAUGCAACCAAAUGCAAAAUCACACUGCUACUCUGUUCUUCAUAAACUUUUCAAAAGUUGUAUCUGUCUGUAUUUGUCACAUCUUGGUAAUGUUUUAGUGGUGCCACAAACUCAGGUCUGAAAUUGAGAUGUUUGGGAUAUAUAUUGUUUAAAAUGAAGGUAUGCUUUUUGUGUGAACACAGUUCAUUCUUUAAACGUGGUCGAUAUAAUCCCAUGUCAAUAAAUGUAUUUAAAAAAUA